UCGAAGAGAAGGGACUGAAAUUUAUAGACGAAAAGUGUCAAAAGUGCAUUGAGACGUCAUGAAACAGACGGUUUACUUCGUAUGUUUGACAGUGCUCGCAGCACCCACUGCCGCCUUUGUCAUCGGCUCUCGGGCCUCCAGCUCCGACCCGGCGCUGACCGGUCGGCGUCUGCUCUCGCUCAGCGACUCCCAGCUCAGCGCCACACCAGCACCAGCCGACACCAGCGAGCCUCUGGGUGACCUGGUGCCCGUCUCCCAGCCGCCGACCAUACCACCGGGCGCACUGGCUCCUGAGGCACCGGCGGGAGACUCGCAGGCGCCCGCCUACCUAGUCCACUCUCACAACACAGACCACGGCACCUUCUCACACGUGCAUCACUAUGAUAAUAUCAAUCAUAAACACGAGAAAAAGUGCAUGGGAAACG